CAGCUAGCCAGCCAGUCGGGCUGAGGCGCUCGGCUUGGGCGUUGCGAGGCAGAGCGUGGCGGCGAGUGGCGCAGCGUAGCGCAGACUUACGCCUCUCUGGCCAGCCAGUCCGGCCAGCCAGGCCGCAGCGUGUGUUGGUGUGUGCGUGUGUGACGUCAAGUACUUUCGCUCGCGAGUGGCGUGUGCGUUCGUGUUGGUGGGGCAGUGCAGUGGCAGUGCAUCACCGCCUUGGAUAGUCCGAGCAGCGCGUCGCUUGGGUGCCGGUUGGAGGAUGCGCGGGUCCCGCAAGGAGCAGCCCCGCGGCGACGCGGUGCGCGCGGAGGCGGGCGCGGCGGGCUGCGGCGGUCUGGCCGCGUCGCAGCGCAAGCGCGGCUUCACGCACUUCUCGCUGACCAGGCUGCUGUACGCCAGCCCCCUGAUGCCGCGCAGGGUCAACCGCAACAACUCGCAGCAGCGCUCCGCCAAGUCCAGCGACGAGCGGGGUGCGUCGGCGGCCUCGGCGGACGGGCCGUCCUCCCAGGACGUGGAGCGCGGCGACAGGGCGGACCGGGCGGACAGGCUGCAACGCCUGCACGGCCAGGCCUCCGCGUCGGGCGCCGAGUCCGGCAAGCAGUGGUCCCUUGGCAUUGUAUGUCCUUUGUGCUUAAAUGACCAACCCAGCCAAAACUACCCAGAACUUCUCACCUGUGCGCACCGAUCGUGUUAUGACUGUUUCCAAAAGUACCUCCGAGUAGAGAUCUCCGAGUCCCGUGUGAAUAUCGCAUGUCCCGAGUGUACGGCUCCCAUGCAUCCGAGUGAUAUUCGGAUGAUCCUAAAUGAUAAUGUUAUAUUUGAAAAGUAUGAAGACUUUAUGGUGCGGCGGGUCUUGGCCUGCGAUCCGGACACCAGGUGGUGUCCCGCGCCCGACUGUAGUUUCGCCGUGAUAGCCGCCGGCUGUGCUAGCUGCCCAAAGAUUAAGUGCGGACGCGAUGGCUGCGACUCCCACUUCUGUUACCACUGCAAGGCGGAGUGGCACCCCAACCAGACGUGCGACUCCGCGCGCGCCCUGCGCUCCCCCGACUCCAAGUCCACCUCGUCGACGUUCAACCACCACGCCCGCCUCCGGGACGACGUGAAGCCGUGCCCGCGCUGCCAGGUGCUGAUCGGCAAGAUGGACGACGGCUCGUGCAACCACAUGCAGUGCGCGGUGUGCGGCGCCGAGUUCUGCUGGCUGUGCAUGAAGGAGGUCACGGACCUGCACUUCUUGAGUCCGUCGGGGUGCACCUUCUGGGGCAAGAAGCCCUGGUCGCGGAAGAAGAAGAUCCUCUGGCAGCUGGGGACGCUCGUCGGGGCGCCCGUGGGCAUCGGCCUCAUCGCGGGCAUCGCCGUGCCCGCCAUGAUCAUCGGCCUGCCCGUCUGGGUGGGCAAGAAGAUCUACACCCGCUACGAGUUCGCCAACAAGCACAAGAGGAACCUCGCCAUCUUCGGCGGCGUCACCGCCACUAUCGUGGCCUCCCCGUUCCUCGCCGCGCUGGCCGUGUCCAUCGGCGCGCCGGUGCUGCUCUGCUACGUGUACGGCGUGGUGCCCGUGGCCAUGUGCCGGUCGCGCGGCUGCGGCGUGCUGAACGCGGCGCAGUGGCUCAGCCUGGACGAUCUGGACGGCCUGGACGGCGGCGUGGCGGACAAGCGCGCCGACCAGGAGCAUGACGGCGUGAGCCUGAGCCACCGCGGUGUCGUCGUCAACCCAUCCAUCGGGGAGGUGUCCAUCUCGAUGGGCAGCGGCAGCCACCUGGAGCGGCUGGGCCGCGAUGGCGACGCGGAGGGCGCCUUCGUGUACCCGUUCGGGCCGGACAGGGAGGACCAGUCCGUCAGCAACGUGGCCAUCGCCGGGGCCAGCCUCACCGGGGCUAGCCUGGCGGGCUCCAUCGCCGGAGUGUCUGCUGGACAGAGGCUCGAGAUCGUGGACGUGGCGCAGACGCACCGCUUCAGCAUGACCAGUGAGACGGCCUCUGCAGCGACCAGCUUGUCGGAGAAGUCCGUGUCAGCGUCACUCAACGAUGAUGGUGCUGCUUCUACCAGAGCUCUCGCUGGAUCCAUAGCAAAUUAUAAGAUGGAUUCAGUCUCAGGAGUUGUAAGCGUUGAAGACACAAUAUCAGAUUCCUUUGAAGAACUCGCUGCAGGUCCUGUUGUGAAGCGUGCUGAUUUUUCUACAAAUAGGCGCAGAACAAAUCCAGACAGACAGACAAGUGACACGGAAAGUGCUGGGAGCUGUUUUGGAGGCAAUGAAGACUGUGUUUCUGUGGAUAGAGUGCGGUUUGAUGAUAAUGUUAGUUUCAUUGAAGCUUCUUCUAGCCCAGUAUCUGUGGGUAGUGUUAACAUCAGGGCCAGUGAGAAAAAUUCAGAAAACUCUCAGCCACAAACUGAUUCUGUGCAAAGUCUCAGUUUGCCUUUAGGAGUAUCCAAAUCUUCAGGAGCAUCUACAAAUAGUGGAGAAGGUAAAUUAACUAAGCCUUGUAAAUCUACUGCUUUUACUGGAGUUGACUUAAGUGGCAUUGAAAUUUCAGUCGAUGGCAAGCCUCUUGAUGUUAUUAUUGAACCUAGCAAUAUGAUGGGUUCCCUAGAUGUCUCUAUACCAAUUAAAGUUGAUCAACCAAGUAACCUAGAAAUAUCAACUUUAUGAAUUGUUUUGUCUUGUACAUUACCGAAAUACACUAGUUUAACUCUAAUUGCAAAGAAAAAUGAAAGUAAAAAUUGUUUACAUUUGAGUGCUCAGUGGGCUUGAUUAGUUGCAUUAUGCAAAUAUUAAAAUUCCUGUGUUCUCUUUUGUUUUAAUGACCCUAUGUGUUUCUACAGUGUUCAGAAGUAAUGAUGCGUCAUUCAUAUUCACUGCUCAGCAAAAGUUUUCAUUGUAAAACUUUCAUUAUUUCUGUUUAAGUCAGAUGUAAUGCUAAGUUUGAAAGCCAUGCAGAUAUUGUAUAUCAAGACUGAGAUGCCUGUCCUCAUGGGGGCCUACGCACCCUCUCUUCUUGUCACAUUUUUUUCAUUGUCUUAUAUCUAAUGUGGCAACGUUUCCAAACAUUUUUUCAUUUAACCUUUAUGAAUAGCAUUAUUGUUUUAAUGUCUUUAUUGUUCAUUUUCCAUAAUUAAAUUUGCUUCUUUAAGCAAUAAACCUGUUUGUUUCUUUGUAUAUGAUACAAUAAUAAACCCAACCCAUUCAGAAAUUGUAAUAUUUAUGUGUAUUAUUAUACCUAUAAUUUGUGAUGUUAGAUUUCUAACAAUGUUACUUCCAGAUAUUAUAGACUAUGUGAAGAUGUAUAUUUACUCAAUGUGGUACCAGUGGUACCAGUUGGAUGGUUUUUUGCUUGCAAUCCAAAUGUUAAAGUAAGUUUUAAAUGCUUAUUUUAUUCUCAGUCCUAAGGUGUUUUAUUGUAGAUGUGCCCUGGAGGCUUGUAAGCUCACAUAGUUUUUAUUUCCUUUUUUUACAAAAGAAAAGUAUCAAGGGAAACAUACAUUCAAAUUUUGUGAAUAAUUUUUUUCUCCCAACUUUUGAAUGUUUGUUAAAGAAGGAUUAUGCAAAAACUGAAGUUUUUGUAGAAUUUUUUUGCUGUUAUAUUCAUUAAGGUAUUAUUACCGAAGUUUAAAUCAACUCUUGACUUGAGUUUCCCUUGAUAAGUAUUAAAUUAUUUGUAUUGUCAAGUCUGUUGCUAUCAUUAAACAUUGCCUGUAUCAGCAGA